AUGUUCGCUAAACUCUUCCAGCAGUGGAGUUUCGCAGUGUUCCUGCUGAGUUAUUCCGUGCCCUCCCACGGGAGAUCAGUCGAGGGGAUCAGCCGCAGACUCAAACGGGCUGUAUCAGAGCACCAGCUACUGCAUGACAAGGGCAAGUCAAUCCAAGACUUAAGAAGAAGAAUAUUCCUCCAAAAUUUAAUCGAAGGUGUCAACACUGCAGAGAUCCGAGCAACGUCGGAGGUGUCGCCGAACCCCAAACCUGCCACCAACACCAAGAACUACCCUGUCCGCUUUGGCAGUGAGGAUGAGGGCAGAUACCUCACUCAGGAGACAAACAAAUCACAGACCUACAAGGAGCAGCCCCUGAAGGCGUCAGGGAAGAAAAAGAAAGCAAAGCCUGGAAAACGUAAGGAGCAAGAGAAGAAAAAGAGGCGAACCCGCUCAGCUUGGCUAAAUCCCGGCUCGUACGGCGACGUCGUGACCGAGAGCCCACUCUUGGACAUCUCUGUUACUACACACAAUCAAACUUUAAGGUAA